GUGCAGGAUCCUCCCACCGCCAUGGGCCUCCUGAGAGAUCCUUAGAUCCAGGUUAGUGCAUAGGAAAGUGUCCCCCCACUACCUACAGCUAAGGGAUUGGGGUGGUGGGAUCAUGGUGGAGGGCGGUGGUGAAUACUAGCGAUGUCCCCCGCUACCCGUGCGUCUGCCUCCAGGGUGCCCCUCCAACCAGGAUGAGGCUCUUCAUCGCUCUUCCUGUCCUGAUUGUGGUCGUAGCCAUGACCUUGGAAGGCCCAGCCCCCGCCCAGGCGGCCCCGGAUUUGUCCGGAACAUUGGAGAGCAUACCGGAUAAACUGAAGGAGUUUGGGAACACUUUGGAAGACAAGGCCCGGGCAGCCAUUGAACAUAUCAAACAGAAGGAAAUUUUGACCAAGACCCGGGCCUGGUUCUCAGAGGCAUUUGGCAAAGUGAAGGAGAAGUUGAAGACCACGUUCUCCUGAGCACCUGGCGGGCCACCUCGAAGCAUCAAGGACAUCCACGUAAUGUGCCAGGUCCCUCUUCAUCACAGACCAAUAAAAAACGUGUAGAAGGCAAAC